AUGUCGUUGAGCCCAAAACACACAACGCCUUUUUCAGUGACAGACAUCCUGAGCCCGAUUGAGGAGACUUACAAGAAGUUUGGUGGCAUGGACGGCGCAGGCAAUCUCGGUCCCCCUCUGGGGGGUUACCGCCAAGCUCAGGUCUCCCAGUCCAGCAUGCAGCAACACACCAUGGCACACAACGCCACGGUGGCGACCACCUACCAUAUGCCCCACGGCGUCUCCCAGUUUUCACACGGGGCCAUGGGAGGCUACUGCAACGGGAGCAUUGGCAACAUGGGGGAACUGCCUUCAUACCAGGACACCAUGAGGAACAGCGCUACAGGGAGCGGCUGGUAUGGCGGAACGAACCCGGAUCCCAGAUAUUCAACAAUCUCCCGAUUCAUGGGGACAUCUUCAGGGAUGAACAUGUCCGGAAUGGGGACUUUAGCGGGAAUGACAGAUUCGGCCAAGCCCAUGGCACCUUUACACGCAGCGCCAAGGAGGAAGAGAAGAGUAUUGUUCUCUCAGGCCCAGGUCUACGAGCUGGAGCGACGCUUCAAGCAGCAGAAGUACCUGUCCGCUCCCGAGAGAGAACACUUGGCAAGUAUGAUUCACCUCACCCCGACACAAGUCAAGAUCUGGUUCCAAAACCAUCGCUACAAGAUGAAACGUCAGGCCAAAGACAAGGCGACUCAACAAAUGCAGCAAGAGAACAGUUUGUGUCAACAGCAGCAGUCUCCCAGGAGGGUGGCCGUGCCAGUGCUUGUGAAAGACGGUAAGCCUUGUCAAAACGGCUCCAGCACCCCAACCCCCAGCCAACAAGCACAGCAGCAACAGGGCGCUAAUGGGAUCCUCCCAGUCGCCAGCAGCACCAUCUCCCAGCAACAGAAUCAACAAGUGAAUUCACUCGCUCAGACCCAAGACCUCGCCCAAGUGUCGCCAAACCCAUCGUCUCUCCACAAUUCGGUAACCAACAUGUCUCAAAUGGACACGGCGACUGCAGAUUACACGGGUAAUAUGGUGAAUCCUGGCCUGAUGUACGGCCGGACCUGGUAG